UCGAGCAAAUCGGCGCUGAAAAGGAAGAAGCCUAGUUUUGUAGUGCUCCAUCCGAACCAGUACCAGCUGGGGAACAGCAGUGUUCACUGAAACAACGCCUGCCUGGUUACGUUGCUUCCGAGCACCGUGACUGAUAAAGAGCUGGAACAUGGCGGAUAAAGAGGUGUAUGACGAUGCAGUGGAAGAGAGGGUCAUCAAUGAGGAGUACAAGAUAUGGAAGAAAAACACACCUUUCCUGUACGACCUGGUGAUGACUCAUGCUCUGGAGUGGCCCAGCCUUACUGUCCAGUGGCUCCCAGACGUCAGCAGGCCAGAGGGGAAGGACUACGCCGUUCACAGGCUGGUUUUGGGGACCCACACAUCGGAUGAGCAGAACCACCUUGUGAUCGCCAGCGUCCAGGUACCAAACGACGAUGCCCAGUUUGAUGCUUCACACUACGACAGCGAAAAAGGAGAGUUUGGUGGCUUUGGCUCCGUAAGUGGAAAAAUUGAGAUCGAGAUCAAGAUCAACCACGAGGGAGAGGUCAACCGAGCCCGCUACAUGCCUCAGAAUCACUGCAUCAUUGCCACCAAGACUCCCACCUCUGACGUGCUGGUCUUCGACUACAACAAGCACCCGACUAAGCCAGAUCCCAGUGGGGAGUGUAAUCCUGACUUAAGGCUGAAAGGCCACCAGAAAGAAGGGUACGGCCUCUCCUGGAACCCAAACCUCAGCGGCAACCUGCUCAGUGCCUCCGAUGACCAUACCAUCUGUCUAUGGGACAUCGGGGCCGGCCCAAAGGAAGGAAAGAUUGUGGAUGCCAAGACCAUCUUCACCGGCCACACAGCAGUGGUGGAAGAUGUUUCUUGGCAUUUGCUCCACGAAUCCCUGUUUGGCUCUGUGGCUGACGACCAGAAACUCAUGAUAUGGGACACCCGGUCCAACACCACAUCCAAAGCCAGCCACUCAGUCGACGCUCACACUGCUGAGGUCAACUGUCUGAGCUUCAACCCCUACAGCGAGUUUAUUCUUGCCACUGGUUCUGCUGAUAAGACUGUUGCUCUGUGGGACCUGAGGAACCUCAAACUGAAGCUUCACUCCUUUGAGUCGCACAAAGAUGAAAUUUUCCAGGUACAAUGGUCUCCUCACAAUGAGACGAUCCUGGCCUCCAGCGGCACCGACCGACGUCUCAACGUUUGGGACCUCAGUAAAAUCGGGGAGGAGCAGUCAGCAGAAGAUGCUGAGGACGGCCCACCAGAGCUGCUGUUCAUCCACGGUGGCCACACAGCCAAGAUCUCUGACUUCUCCUGGAACCCCAAUGAACCCUGGGUCAUCUGCUCAGUGUCCGAGGACAACAUCAUGCAAGUCUGGCAGAUGGCGGAAAACAUCUACAACGAUGAGGAGCCAGACAACACCCCUGCAUCAGAGCUGGAGGCUCAGGGAUCCUAACCCAGCUCUGCAUGAGUCUCUCUCCAGGCACGACCCCCCCCCCUCUCCCCCACCACCCUCCAUCCCCCGAGCUCCAGACCCAGACCCAGCCUGUCAUCUCCCUCUCCGGCUUAUCAAGUGCAAAAUGAA